UUUUUUUAAGAAAACAGAAAAUGAGAUGAUUAAUUUGGGAAGAAUGAGCAUUUAUAGAGUUUUAGCAUAAAAAAGAAAUCUUUAACUUCCUUAUCCACUAUCCUUCUUCCUCUUUACCCAGAAAACUCAGUCACUAACAAAAAAAUGGCGCAACUCAAUUCUCUGUGCUUCGCUUCACCAAUAACCUCUUUCUCUCUCCUCGAAUCCCAUUCUUUCUCCCCUUUUCCUUCUCUUUCUCUCUCCUCAAUUAAACCCUCUUUCCUCUCUCUCCGCCGCAAUUCCCGCUUCACACACAUUUCCCCUUCUUCUUCUUCUUCUUCUUCUUCUGCAAUUCUCGCCAUUGAAAACCCAUCUUCAGAAUCCCCAGAAAAAGAGAUAUGUCCCACCAGAUUGCUGGCUUCAAAUGUCCCUUGGACAACAACUGCUGAUGAAAUUCGUGCUUUGUUUCAGAACUAUGGCACUGUUGUCGAUGUUGAGUUGCCGAUGCAUAAUAAAGCGAGGAACAGGGGAUUGGCUUUUGUUGAAAUGGGUUCUGAGGAAGAAGCUGCUCAAGCUCUUGCUAAGCUCGAAGCUUUUGAGUAUGAAGGUCGAACUCUAAGGCUAGCUUAUGCUACGCCAAAGAAGACGAAAGCAUCUCCUCUUGCGCAACCUAAGCCACCUGUUGUGUACAAUCUGUUUGUGGCAAAUUUAUCUUAUCUUACAAGGUCUAGAGACCUUAAGGAAUUUUUUCAAUCUGGUGGUAGUGAAGUUGUUAAAGCUGAGGUCGUAUUUAAUGAAAACCCUAGAAAAUCAUCUGGAUAUGGAUUUGUUUCUUUUAAGACUAAGAAAGAAGCCGAUGAUGCGCUCAUUGCUUUUGACGGAAAGGAGCUGAUGGAGAGACCAAUCAGACUAGCACGUAGCAAUAGAUUUGUAAAACUUGAAUCAGAAUUGAAUUCCGUCCCAGAGGAUGGUGAAGAUGAUUCUAGUCAUGAUUCAGAGCAAACAGAGGCAGUUGAUAGCUUGUAAUAGUGAAGAAUUGGAGGCACUAUCAAUUUUGUGUUUGCGUCAAUUCUCUUGUUGAGAAGGGUGAUGCUAAUGGCCAGUAUAAAGUCGGAACGCCCCAAUCUUUAGGAGAAAACAUGAAGAACAACUGCUUGUUUGUUGAUGGGACAAAAGGUUAAUGGGAAGGAACAAGCUCCUUAUCCUAGACUUCUAGAGUCAGAGAUAUUGUAUGUUGCGUCUCCUGUUGCAAAGUUGUCAUUUGAUGAUGUAAAGCUUAUAGUGUCUGACUGAAUGGAUUACUAAGAGGACAAGUUUAAGCAGUAUAUUGGAUUUUAGCAUUAUGGCGCUUACAUACAGAGCUUGGAAGUUCCUCAUACAUUGUGCUCAAUGGUCGCUCUGCUUCCCCUGACUAUGUGCACUGAAAUGUGCUGAGUACACGAUCAAAUGCUUAUAACUACAGUUAAACAUAACAUUAUGUGGAUGCAUUACAGCCAUAAAUAGCAUACUGCAUGUUUGCAGUUAAGUACCAAAAUCAUCCCUGUAAAGCCCUGUAUUUUGUAAAUUGGUCUAACUGCUCUAACAUAUGGCACUGCUUGAGUUAGGAUUAGAGUGUUAUCGACCCAGAUAAAUUGGGGGGGUACUUUGACAGUAAUUGUAGGCUUUGUAGCACUGUAUCUUUUGCCCUCGUUACAAUAGAUGCUUUUUGAAUAAAUUCUGCUCAGUAGAUUCACUGAUAUAUCUUCAUUGUUAUA